GAUGUUAUAGUUACGGAUAAAAUUGAUUUUGUUAAAAAGAUUCGUACGAAAGUUAAAUCAAGUAAUGGUCAAUGUGGUGCAGAUUUGCAAGAAUUUAUAAAUGGACUGCAGGAUGGUGAAGAUUGGGCCAUCAGAAUGUUAGAUGCAUCUGCAAAAAUUCCAAGUGGAUUAUUGAUGGGAAACAUAGUCGAAUUAGGAAAUUAUGAUGAAUGCAUUGCUAUCCAAGGAAAUUCAUCCAAGGGUCAGAUUAUCAAGGGCCAACAUUGUAUGCUACGUGUUUCCCUCUCUGAACUAAAUCCGAACAAAAAUAAUACUAAAGGAAAUUUUGAUCAAAUUAGAAGCCGUAGAAUGGAUUUGGCGAUGCCAAGAACGCAGAUGUCUGAUCUUCCUAGUAUGUUUAUGUUAGGAUUUGGACUAUGUUUGCCAUCAUCCUGCACAGUGGAUGAUGUCCUGGAGGUAAUCAAGGAUCAAAUUCCUUUGGAUCCCAAACAAUCAUUAUUAAGUGGUACAUGUACUCAGAAUGAAACCAGAAAUUUUACAGUUGCAGAUUGGAUUGCCAUGUUCGUAUUUGGAAUUUUUGGUGCACUUUUGAUAUGCAGUACAUUUUACGAUGUAUUUCUAAGAUUUCGAGAUAGUAGACCUAGGCAUAAUAUUCUGCUAGCGUUUUCAAUGUAUUCCAAUGGACAAAAAUUACUGGCGAUCAAUUCACCAUCAAAAAGCGACAGCAUUUCAUGUAUACACGGUUUGAGAGCCCUUAGUAUAUCGUGGGUAGUACUGGCUCAUAGAUAUAGUUUUGGCAUAGAACAACCUCUGGUCAAUUUAAUAGAUGUUAAAGAUUGGUUAUCUGAAUAUCACAGUACAAUUGUAACUGGUGCAUCUGUUUCCGUGGAUACUUUCUUCACAAUGAGUGGUCUACUUUUGUCCUACAUUUUUAUGAAGCAUAUGUCAAAUGGAAAAAGAUUUAAUAUAUUCUCCUUCUACAUUCAUCGAUAUUUGCGAUUGACUCCUCCAUAUGCAGCAAUGAUACUGCUCCAAUCCUCAUUGUUGAUACAUAUGGGAGAUGGUCCACUUUGGAACAACCUCGUCCCGUAUUAUACACAGUUUUGUACAGACUACUUUUGGUCAGCACUGCUCUAUAUCCAGACGAUAUACAAUACAAUGGAAAUAUGUGUAGUUCAAUCCUGGUAUUUGCAAGCUGAUAUGCAGAUGUACAUUCUAUCGCCCCUAAUUUUGAUACCAAUGAUAAAAUGGCCAAAGUAUUUUAUUGGAGGUACUGUAGGGUUGCUGCUGGCAUCUGUUGCUAUCAAUUUUAGCAUAACGUAUGUCAAUAAAUUUAGUGGAGCCAUCAGCGAAAUGGACACUUUCGGUGCCGGCGAUCAGAUCAAAUAUCUUUACUUCCCGGCGUACACUCGUUACGGCCCAUGGUUAGCCGGUAUUCUUGUCGGAUACAUUUUGCACAAAGUCAAGAAACGCCAAUUUCGAUUGAGCCCGAUUUUAGUUUUCUCUUUAUGGAUAUUGACAUUGACAACUUUAGGAGCAAUCGUAUUUGGGUCUUACCCAUUUUACCAACUCGAUAGGGAAAAGGAUAUUCUUGAGGCAUCAUUUUACCAAGGAUUAUCCAAAAUUUGUUGGGGUUUUGGAAUAUGUUGGAUAAUAUUUGCUUGCCGCACUGGAUAUGGAGAUUUGCCAAGAACUGUUAAAAUUAACAACAGUAUGUCACAAGAACAAAUUGGAGUUGAAAAUGAUGUUAAUAAUAAGUUUGGGCAAGGUCGUCGAAAUUAUAGAAUGUCUGCAUUGAGACAUAACUUAUUUAAUAUGUUCUCCUUCUACAUUCAUCGGUAUUUGCGAUUGACUCCUCCAUAUGCAGCAAUGAUACUCCUCCAAGCUUCAUUGUUGAUACAUAUGGGAGAUGGUCCACUUUGGAACAACCUAGUUCCAUAUUAUACACAAUUCUGUGCCGACUAUUUUUGGUCAGCACUACUUUAUAUCCAAACGAUUUACAACACAAUGGAAAUAUGUGUUGUUCAAUCCUGGUAUUUGCAAGCUGAUAUGCAGAUGUACAUUCUAUCGCCUCUAAUUUUGAUACCAAUGAUAAGGUGGCCAAAGUACUUUCUUGGAGGCACUAUUGGGUUGCUGAUGGCGUCUGUUGCUAUCAAUUUUAGCAUAACGUAUGUCAAUAAAUUUAGUGGAGCUAUCAGCGAAAUGGACACUUUCGGUGCCGGCGAUCAGAUCAAAUAUCUUUACUUCCCGGCGUACACUCGUUACGGCCCAUGGUUAGCCGGUAUUCUUGUCGGAUACAUUUUGCAUGAAGUCAAGAAACGCCAAUUUCGAUUGAGCCCGAUUUUAGUUUUCUCUUUAUGGAUAUUGACAUUGACAACUUUAGGAGCAAUCGUAUUUGGGUCUUACCCAUUUUACCAACUCGAUAGGGAAAAGGAUGUUCUUGAGGCAUCAUUUUACCAAGGAUUAUCCAAAAUUUGUUGGGGUUUUGGAAUAUGUUGGAUAAUAUUUGCUUGCAGCACUGGAUAUGGAGGACCCAUAAACUGGUUUCUUUCAUGGGGAUACUGGCAGCCAAUUAGCAGAUUGUCUUAUUGUAUAUAUUUGACUCACUACCAGCUACAACUUUUGCUGAUGCACAGUGUAAAAACACAAGGCUAUUUCUCCGAUAUAAACAUGAUUCAUGCAUUUAUUGGUGACAUGGGAUUAUCUAUUUUUGUGUCUAUUUUUUGGAGUCUGGCAUUCGAAUCUCCUAUAACUGUUAUUGAAAAAUGUCUUCAAAGGAAUCACCAAAAAGAUUUGCCAAGAACUGUGAAAAUUAACAACAGUAUGCCACAAGAACAAAUUGGUGUUGAAAAUGGCGCGUACGUCCAUUCAAUAAAUGAAGAAAAAUAAAAUUUAGUCAAAUUAAUGUUAUAAAUAUUUCCUGAUAUGUGAUAUAAUCUAAGAGUUAGAAUAUUUAUAUAUUAUUAUUCGCUUAAGAUGUUAAUAAUAAGUUUGGGCAAGGUCGUCGAAAUUAUAGAAUGUCUGCAUUGAGAUAUAACUUGUUAUUAU